AUGGACUCCAAGCGCAAGCGGCUGUCCUACGCAUGCAACCACUGCCGGGUGAAAAAGACACGAUGCGACGAGCAGCAGCCCUCGUGUCGCAACUGCCGCAUCGCCGGGGUGCAAUGCAUCACCACCGACAAGAGACGCGCUGGUGCAGUCGUGACGCAUCGCCGGCGGUCUAUAGCAGACACACCAGAGUCACAACCACACAUACAGACACUUAACACCCCAGUGUCAGCUUCGCCACCCUCAACCAGCCACGGUCGCUCCGCGCAAUGCUGGGACCGGUCAGGCUGGCGCAGUGGACGGCUCCCCAUGAUGCCCCGGUUCGUCGGGGGAUGCAUGUUCGAGAUCAUGACCGAGUGGCUGGAUCUGGCUUUCUAUCGACUGCGCAUUCCUGCUCCUUAUCCAGCGUUGCCUUCAAUGAGGGCCAGCUCGCAGUCAGGGCCCGCUCCUGCACCAGCCCUGCCCCCACCAGCCGAGAUGCAGACUCUCGGACAGACCUUCAGACAAACAGUCUGCUCUAUACUCCCCUUUCUCUCUGAUGCUCAGAUCAGCCGGAUCUGCGAUUCCCCUGCUGAGUGUCCCUCCGAUGAAGCACUAGCCUACCUCAUCGCGAGUGUCGGCAUGACAGACCAGACCAGGAAAUCCUCAUACAUCAACCACUGCAACACGCUCCUCGGGCACAUCGUCGCAGAACGAACCCUCCAUUCCAUCCAAGCCAUCCUCCUCUUCUCCAUCGUCCUCCGAAGCAGCGACCAAAUCACCUGGGCCUGGGACAUUCUCGCCCUCGGUAUUUCCGUCGCCCAAUCCAUCGGACUCAACCACCCAGCCGGAGAGCAACCAAAUCAUGAAAGAUCCAAUACAUGGUGGUGCAUCUACGUGUUCGAAAAGAUCCUGACUUUUGAAACCGGGCGCGCGUCCUCGAUCUCGGACCGCGUUCUCUCCCGUUCUUCCACUGCAUCAAGCGACAUGCAUACCCCGACUUCAGCAGAGAAGUAUAAAUGGGCGUGUAUCAGUCUCGCGAAUACACUACACGAAAUGCAGGACCGCGCAGCCGGCACCUGGCGGCGCGAGGAGUGGCUCCCGCAGACCGUCGACGAGGCAAUCGAGGAGAAGGUCCGGACGGGGGGUGAACUGGCCAUGUUGCUGGAUCGGUGGUGGAGGGGGAUACCUGAGUUGAAGCCUGGGCCAGCUAUAUCAGAUCCGGCCUCGCAGCAAUCUGCAUUCCUGUCUUUCUACUACAACUACGCCCUCAUCCUUCUCAACCGCAGCGUCCUCCUCAUCGAACCCUCCGAAAUCCACGACGUAAUCGAGCGCUACGGCACCGGGAAGCCGUGGAAGGCGCGCAUCGCCAACGGGGCGAGUAUCUGCGUCGAGGCCGCGCGCGAGAUGAUCAAACUGACCGUUGCUAUGGUCGAUUCGGGCCUUCCGUCGUAUUUAAAUACGCUGACUUCGCCAUUGCCCGCGGUGUAUGUCCUCGCUGUGCAUAUUCUGCGCGAACGGCGGUCACUUCUGGUGAGGGCUGAUUUUGAACUCAUGAAAGCUGGAAUUGCAGUGAUCAGACAGCAGUAUACACGGCUGGAGGACGGGCAAAGAGUGGACGGUGUCUUGUCAGCGCUGGAGGGAUACGCCGAGGAGUGUCUACAGGGCCAGGUACCGCUGCCAUUCGGAGCCAGCAACUCGCUGUCUUUUAUGGAACCGAUGCUGAAUACCUGGGGUCCAUCAGCACUAGAUUGGGCAGGGUGGGACUGGAAUGAUCUAAGCCAUUUGUUUGAGAGUAGCGAGUAG